AUGACUGAUUCUAAAAUAACCAAGCUAACAUACAUACAACCACCUCAUACAACACAUUCAAAUUUCAAAAUAAAAGAUUUAUUACAAUUAAACAAUAUAGAUAAAGCUUAUUCAUCUCCAUUAUCAGUAAUUGCUCAUAUUGAUGUUAAUGCAUUUUUUGCUCAAGUUGAACAAAUAAGACUGGGAUUAUCAACUGAAGAUGCAGUAGUAUGUGUCCAAUGGUCAUCAUUAAUAGCUGUUUCUUAUAAGGCAAGAGAAUAUGGUAUAACAAGGAUGGAUACUUUGGAAAAUGCAAAAUUAAAAUGUCCAAUAUUAAAAGCUAUACAUACUGCUGUUUUCCGUAAAGGUGAAAAUUUUUGGAGAUAUCAUGAUGAUGAUAAUGAGUUCCCAAGUCCUAUUGAUCAUAAAGUUAGUUUGGAUCCUUAUAGAAGAGAAUCAAGGAAAAUUUUAAAAAUUUUUAAAUCAAUUGUUGAUCUUGUGGAAAAGGCAAGUGUUGAUGAAAGUUUUAUGGAUUUAGGUAGAUUAGUUAUUAAGCGGGUAUUUGAAAUGAUUCCAGAUUUACAAAAACAAAUUGAAAAUUUAGAUAGUGAUGGGUUUUUACCUUUAAUACCUGAUGGAUUCACUUUAGAAGUUACUGGUGAUGUUAUAACAAAUGAAUUUGAUUCAACAUCUCUAAUAAUAAAAGAUUGGGAUGAUUUAUUAAUGAUUAUAGGAGGUCAAAUAACAAAUGAAAUUCGUCUCCAAGUACAAAAAGAAUUAGGAUAUACCCUUUCAGCUGGUGUUGGAAGAGUUAAAACAAUUGCAAAAUUAGCUUCUGGAUUCAGGAAACCUGAUAAUCAAACAAUAGUUCGAAAUAAUUCAAUUAAUAAUUUUCUUAAAAAUUUUGAUUUUACAGAUUUUUGGUCAAUGGGUGGUAAAACUGGUGAAUUUAUUAAAAUGAAAUUAUCACCUCCCCUUGAGGAUUCAAUUGCAUUUAUAAGAAAUAAUUAUGAUUUAAAUGAAUUACAAGAUUACUUGGAGGAUAAAGAAUUAGCAUCAAAACUUUAUCAACUAAUCCGUGGGGAAUAUAUGCAAUCACUUUCAUCACGAAUAAUCCUUAAAUCAAUGAAUUCAAAUAAAAAUAUAAGAUUUAAAUCUGUUAAAUCCUUGGGGGAUUCAAUCCAAUGGAUAAAAGUAUUUUCCGCAGAUUUAUAUCAAAGAUUAAUCGAAACAAAUGAUGAAAAUGGCUACAAAACCAGACCAAAAACAAUAUCAAUCCAUUUCCGUUCAAUAAAUAAUUUUAAUCAACCUCAUUCAAAACAAAGUUCAUUACCUUUAGUACCAAUAGAUGAAUUAGAAUCUGUAUUAUUUCAAUAUGGUGUUAAUUUGUUAAAAUUAAGUGAAUCUCAAUGGGGUAAGAUUUACCCAUUACAAAAUAUAAGUAUGACUAUAUCAAAUUUUGAAAGUAAUGAAGGUUCUGGAUUAGAUGGGAAUAUAAUGGGAUUUGUUAAAAAGGGGAAUGUUGAUGAUUUUUUUAAUAAAGAAAGGGAAAAGGGUGUGAAGGAGGUUAAAGUGGUGAAGGAGAAGGAGAAGGAUGUUAAGAAGGAGAAUAAAUUUGAGAUUUCGCAGAUGUUUAAACAAAAGGAUGUUAAUAAAGAUAAUGCAAAUGAUAAGAGUAAUAAAUCAAUUACAAAACAAGAUAAUAAUAAUAAUAAAGAUGAAGUAUCAAAUGAUAUUAUAUCAAAUUAUGAACCUUUAUCAAAUGGAUUAUUUAAAUGUUUAAAAUGUAAAGAUCAAUCAAUAUUAGAUUUAUUAGAACAUGAUGAUUUCCAUUAUGCAAUUGAAUUAAAUAAAAAAUUUAAUGGUGUUGAAGAUAAUACAAAAAGUUAUGGUGAAGAAAGAUUAGCUAAAAGAAAAGUAAAUGAUCAUGGUAAAAAAUCAAAUAAAAAGAAUAAAUUUAAAAUUGAUAAAUCUCAAUCAAAAUUACCAUUUUAA